CGCCUGCGCGGCCAUGGCGGUGCACUACUGCGCGCUGUGCCGCCGCACCUCCUUCGCCGGCCGCCGCCACCUGUACGGCGCCGCGCACCGGCGGCGGCUGCGGGAGGCGCUGGGCCGGCUGCAGGAGGAGGUGGCGGCGGCGCGGGCGGCGCUGGGCGGCGCGGCCGUGAGGCGGUACGAGCCGGCGGAGCACGAGCGGCGCGUCUGGUGCCUGUGCUGCGGCCGCGCCGUGCGGCGGGACUGGCGGCGCGGAGGGCUGGCGCUGCCGCAGGCCGGGCUCCUGCACCACCUGGCCGGCCCCGAGCACCGCCGGGAGACGGCGCGGUUCUGGCGGGAGAACCGCGCGGAGGCGGCGCUGCGGGAGCGGUUCCUGGUGUCGCCGGAGGACUACGGGCGCUUCGCGGCGGCGCUGGCGCAGGCCCUGGGCGCCUACGAGGAGCGGGAGGAGGAGCGCAUCCGCCAGAUGGCGGCCGGCAUCCGGGAGGCGGAGCGCAGGCAGCGGGAGACCGUGCAGGCCGCCCUCGAGGUCGGUGCCGCGGCCGGCAGCCGAGCCCCUCACGCAGAGCCAGAACUUUGUGCGGGACCUUCUGUCUGCAGCUCCACCGCAGCACCCGCGAGGGAUUCCUCUCAUAAUGCCGAGCAGCCUGGCCCAAGCAGUAUGCAGACAGGACCCGAUUUAAAUUGGAUGGAAUCAGGCCAGGCUUUGACCUUCAUUGGCCACCAGGAAACAGAAGGGAAAGGAAAUGUUCACACAGGUGCAAAACCUCCCUGGCUGACAGAGGAAGACGAAGGGGAUGGAAGUGAACAACAAAUUGGACCUUCAUAUGAAGAAUUUCUAAGGCAAAAGGAUAAGCAGAAAUUGAAAAAGCUCCCAGCAGACCGCGUUGGUGCCAAUUUUGACCAUACCUCUCAGACAGGCGACAGCUGGCUUCCUUCCUUUGGACGGGUUUGGAAUCACGGCAGGAGGUGGCAGUCCAGGCAUCAGUUUAGAGCUGAAUCAGGGGAAAAGAAGAAGAAAAGGUGAUGAGAAGAGGACCACAGAAGAAACCAAGCUCUGACCUUUGUAGAAAAGUAGACUCUAGUUAGCUGUAGCUUUGCCAGCGCCAUGUUUGACAUACAUCUAGAUGCCUUCAGUCCCCUGGAAGGCGGCCUGACCACAGAAUAACACUACGAGCUGAGCACUGUUGCUGAAAGCUACUUUGCAAGGGGCUGUUGCAGGAGAUUCACUCCCCCUGUAACGGACAUACUGUGUAUGAUUGAUUUCUGAAGUCAUAGACUACACAAAGACAGCUAUGCCAUGUCUUCAUAAUCAGAAAGCUCAGCUUACACAGUGUACACUGCACGUAGCGUGACAUCUCUCUAUUUCUCAAAAGCUUAGUUUAAAUAAAGUUUU